AUGCCAAACAAGAGUCAGAUGCUCCUGGUCCUUGCAGCCGCUCUGGUGCCACUGGCCUGGGGCGGCUCCUCAUCCAGCAUCCUACGACCACGGCAACAAGGAACUCAGGACAUGCCACGCCCGACGUUCGGUCCCGUGCCUUGGGGAGAACAACUUGGCCGCGAUGACUUCCCCUGCGCAAGGGCAGGCCAGAUCGCCUUCACCUUUGAGGACGGGCCCUCGCCAUACACGCCAUCGAUCCUCAACACGCUAUCUCAGUACAACAUCAUCGCCUCCUUCUUCAUGACGGGAAGCUUUGAGGACGGUGGCCUGGCCCAACCCAGGUAUCACGGCCUCGCCAGGUUCAUGUACAACCAAGGCCACCUGCUAGGCAGCCACUCAUACAGCCACGACGACCUGCGCAGUUUCACCGAGGAGGAGGUGCGUGCGGAUUUGCUAGAGCUGGAGGCGACGUUUGCCGACGUGCUCGGGGUGGUGCCGACGUACUUUCGCGCGCCAUUCACCGAGUGUGAUGUCGGUGACUGCCUCGUCAAUAUACGACCGCUCGUCUAUCAUAUUGUCGACUACAACAUCGACUCGUUUGAUAGUUACGAGCUUGCAGACCCUGCGGACCUGGUGGCGUUCUUUAGAGAGACGAUGGAGAAUGCCGACCCCGCUGUUGCGUCGUAUAUUGUGCGCUUCCACGAUACUGAAGAGGUCACCGCCAACGGACUUCUCGAGGAGUUCAUCCUCAUAGCCGCCACUAGAGGAUUCGAGUUUGUCACCGUUGGUGAGUGUCUGGGUGAUGAUCCUGGCAACUUUUACCGCAAUCCACAGACUGGUAAUGCGUUGGGUAAUGGUAACGAGCCGCCUCCCUCGCCGGAUCCGUCUUCAAGCACAGAGUCAACUGCGGUUUCGGCCAGCACCUCCGUGUCUUCCAGCAGUGUUGAUCUGACGUCUUCUGCCAUUGAGACUACUGGUACUCCUGAAAUCACCGGCAACCCGGACUCUAUGGUUAGCGACACCCAGACGUCUACCGCCACGGAUCAGGAGGUAACCAUUACCCUUGAUACCCUCACGCAGGAAACUCCGUCGGUGGCUUCUACCACAAUCGACACGGCCGGUUCGGAUGACCCAACAAUCACCGAAACCCAAACGAUUACACAGACUGAAACAGACACGGCCGAUUUUCCAGGAGCGACAACCACUCCAGCAGUAGCUGGCACCUCAGAUAUGGUCACUACAUCUGACAGCACUCCAACCAUAACGGAAAUAUCUGUAUCUAGCGUUGCUGAUGUGACAAGCUCGGAGGAGACCACCAGCGAUGCAUCCCAAACAGCCCUUGAGAGUUCUCUCGAUGCAACAAGUAGCCUUGUGACGACUGAGCUAGCUUCGCAGACAACUGCCGCUGCCACAUCUGAAGAACCAUCUGCAUCACACAGCUUGAUAACCAUGAGCAUCAUCUCUGAGACCACUAGCACUGGUUUUGACACGCCAUCCUCGAGUGUAGUAGACGGCCAGACUACUUCGGGAGCCCCUAGUGACGACGGCAUUACUACCAGCACCAGCACCGCUCCCACAUCUGAGGUUCCCACAUCUGAGGUCACCGACACUGGUUUUUGCACGUCUACGGCGAGUUUUGCUGGCAGCCUGGUUCCUUCUGAUACCGUUAGUGAUAUCAGCACUCCCACCGCCACCAUCACCACCACCUGCUCCACCGCCACUUGUACCACUGCGGCCACCACAAGCGCCGACGAAACGGCACCGUCUGUCACCUCCACAGACAGUGGAUCCCAGAGUAGUGCCGCGACAAACUUCCCUCAUAGCAUCAUCACAGUAGUCACCAAGACUUUAGACAGCACCACCCAAGAUGCGCAGACAAACAGCCAAAACACCCCAAGCCCAUCAUCCUCAAUUUCCCCCUCAGACGUGACCCCUUUGCCCUUGUCCUCGAGCACCGAGAUUCGAGAUAGCAGCACGAUCGAAGAAGACACCUCAAGCGCGACAGCAAUGCCAAACUCUGCUUCUUAUACGACAUUUCCGCAUCAAUUUUCCAGCGCGGAGGUCCAGUCCACUGGCGCAGCCAGCACCACAAUCAAUGACCAAGACACCAACGAGACAGCCAACCCGGCAACCCACACCCAUUACGGCAGCAGCACCACCAUCACGCACACCGCGGGUGCGACAGACUGCCCGACCGCGACGGCCGCGAACGACGACGCCCAACAAUCCCCGCCCACGCCGACAGAAACCCCUCAGAACGGCGGCGGUCCGGGCCAAGAGACCAGCAGCCGGUGCGGCGGGUGUCAGGAUGGCGUGGUGGGUGGCGAAGGCAGCUUCGGAAACUGGCUGACCGUGACCAGAAGCAGCGCAAUUGGUAGAGACGAUUUGCAGUCGGCAGGGACGUCGGCUGGAGGGAUUUCGGCCGGCGUUGGUAUCCAAACCUACGUUAUCAGCAGUGCUCAGCCUCCGUCCGCUAGUGUGGCUGGACAAGGCGCUGGUGAGUUGCCUUCGGGUGCUGAAACGGGCGGCGUCGGUGGCUCGAGUGCCGUCCCGACGCGUGUUGUGGGAGCGGGUGGCUUUGCUGUUGGUGCUUCUGGCUGUGCUGCUGUAUUCGCUGCGGUUAUGGCGUGGAUGGUGCUUUGA